GGUAAACAUUACGAACCACGAUCGAUGACCUUGCCAUUGAGUCCAGCAGCAUCGCUGAGGGUACUGUUGAAAGCCCUAUCACGCCCCACGCGUCUUUGCACGCCGUCUCUAAAUGCCCUUUGUACAUUUUCGACAUCCUCGACUUGGAACGGGGGCUCGAAGUCGCCUCUACCACCUCGCACGCCCAUUCCCGAUAAAGACAUCACGAUAGCCUACCUCAAGGGCUCUGGACCUGGCGGUCAAAAGAUCAACAAGACCAAUUCGGCGGUGCAGAUCAAGCACUUGCCGUCGGGCAUAGUGAUCAAGUGCCAGGAGACGCGGUCGCGGGACCAUAAUCAAAAACUGGCAAUCAGGAAGCUGCAGGAUAGACUGGAGGAGAUGGAGAAGGGCAAGGACAGCAGGCUAGGGAGGCGACAAGAGCUUAUUCGGCGGCGCAAGAGGAAUGCCGCGAAAAGGGCGAGGAAGAAGUACGGCACAACCAAAGCCCAGGGGACGGAACAGUGUGGUAUGGAAGACGCAGCGAAGAAGCCCGAUCACGCCGAGAAAGAGGGCAGCAUUAAAAUCGAACCAGCCGAGCACGGCGCAGCUAAGGCAACUUGAGUAGCACACACGCAGCGACGACCGAAGACGCCGCUGCUUCCCAGCGCUCCAUUUUGCGCAGAGGCGGCGCCGGGGGUCCAUGAGCACUUUGGUGCGAGAGCCUCGUCAACUCAUGCCGCCUGGCGGUAGCAUCCGAACCAACAAAACAAUUGUGCCUUAUCGGGAGAGCAAGGAAAGUGCGCAACAAAGCAUGUGUCACAGAUGAAAUAGUACGUGCGAGGUACGCAGGCACGAGUAUCAGCAGGAUUUCGCACAGCCAGAUCUCCGCGCUCGCUCUUGGAGGCGAUUCAAUCGGGAGAUAGCCGCGCCAAUGUUUGCAUCGGAGUUUGAGUUUAGGUCAAUGAGCUUGUGUCUCCCGUCAAAAGACCGUUUGGCGCAUCGUCCAAGCGUACAGAAGGCAUGUGAAGGACAAUACUCCUUUACAAGAUGCACAGAUGCCGUCAAAUCGUUUCCACUGCAAUCGAUGUCGAAUUGCAGUCUUCUUUAUCCGCUGAUCCAACAAUAAAGAGGUGUGGGACUUUCGUUAUGCAGAAGGGGUUGAUUCAACUUAGGCAUCAAGAGACAGUCUGUAUUCAUGCAUUCUCCAUUCGUAUGUAGAGUCGUAAAAGUCAUGUGCCAUAC